AUGAGGGUAUUCGCUGUCUUGUGCUGUUUGAUUGCUGGGGAAGUUUUAUCUUCAAGACCAAAUCCGGAAGAAAAUCAUGGUAUAGGUCGAACCAGAAAAAGACUCGUCGAUGGUGAUAUAAAAUUGACUAAAAAUCAAAGAGCUGUUAUGAAUGGAAAAUCUAGAGGAUCGAUAAAGAACAACAGAUGGCCUAACGGAGUUCUGGUGUACGAGAUCACAAGUUCCCUUUCAUCUCAGGGGAGAGCCAUGCAAGUCAUAAAUCAGGCAUUUGCUGAUUACACCAAGAAUACGUGCAUCAAGUUUAAGAAGAGGACCACUGAAACUAGCUACGUUUCCUUCUUCAGGGGAUCAGGUUGCUGGUCUUAUGUUGGAAGAACUGGUAGAAAGCAACAAUUAUCUCUUGCCUCCGGAUGUUGGCACAAGGGAAUAGUUGUACACGAAAUAGGGCAUGCCUUAGGCUGGUUUCAUGAACAAUCACGACCUGACAGAGAUAACUUCGUAACCAUCAAAUAUCAAAACAUUCAAGAUUCUGCCAAAAACAAUUUUAAGAAAUACACAUCAAGUGUCAUCGACACAUUGGGGACGCCAUAUGAUUAUGGAUCUGUGAUGCAUUACGGAGCAAAAUACUUCUCCAAGAAUGGUCAACCUACAAUAGUGCCCAAGAGAUCAGGGGUAACAAUUGGUCAGCGUAAUGGACUCAGUCCAAUUGACAUUCGACAAAUGAACUUGAUGUACAAAUGUUCAGGAGGACCUGAAAGCACAGAAAGUCAAGAAACAUAA